GUAACCUGUUCCCUACCUUCCUCGAUUCGCGCUGUAUCGGUCGGCUGGCAGAUCUGAACCGGCCUCAUCAUAUCUUGCAGUAUUAUUCGAGCAGUUGCGGAACGCAAUUCGUGCCGAUAAUCACACCAAGAGUGAAUUAGUAACAAGUUAAUUUCAAAAUGAAUGCCGUUAGAUCCUUAGUGCGUCAAUUACCGAGAAAACUGAUCGACGGUAGAAAAUUCCACGCAUGUGCUGCAUUGUGUCAGAAUAAUCCUCGUCCCUUGACGGAAUUCACCGACGAUGAACAGAUGAUGAAGGAAACCGUGGCGAAACUUGCCAAAGAUGAGAUCUCGCCAAUCGUAAGAAAAAUGGAAAAAGAGGGUAAAAUCGAUGACGGGUUGUUGCAGUCUUUGUUCGCGAAUGGGCUAAUGGGCAUGGAAAUUCCCGAGAAGUACGGGGGCACAGGGAGCAAUUUCAUGUCGACGAUAUUGAUGGUGGAGGAAUUGGCUAAGGUAGACGGAGCGGUUGCUGCUCUCGUCGAUAUUCACAACACUUUGGUAAAUUCACUGAUAAUUAAAGUCGGUACAGAGGAGCAGAAAGCAAAGUAUUUGCCAAACCUUGCUCAAAAAUACCCAGGUAGUUUCUGUUUAACUGAGCCCAGCGCGGGAUCUGAUGCAUUUUCAUUGAAAACAGUGGCGAAGAAAGACGGUUCCGACUAUGUCAUCAACGGAACUAAAAUGUGGAUAUCAAACUCAGACAUAGCUGGAGUAUUUUUAGUUUUUGCAAACGCGGACCCAUCAGCGGGAUACCGAGGCAUCACCACAUUUUUCGUUGAUAGAGAAACACCGGGACUCACAGUAGCUAAACCAGAGGAUAAAUUAGGCAUCAAGGCGUCGGGGACUUGCAUGUUGCAUUUCGACAAUGUUAGAAUUCCAGAAAGCAACCUACUGGGAGAGUUUGGUCACGGUUACAAAUAUGCCGCCGGUUUUUUGAACGAGGGGAGAGUUGGCAUUGGUGCUCAAAUGAUAGGCAUGGCGCAGGGCUCGCUUGAUGCAACAAUACCUUACACUUUAGAGAGGAAGCAGUUUGGAAAAGACAUAUUUUCGUUUCAGUCCAUGCAGCACCAGAUUGCACAAGCAGUGACGGAGGUUGAGAGUGCAAGAUUGCUCGUUUACAACGCAGCACGUCUGGUGGAGGCAAAGAAGCCAUUUGCAAAGGAAGCCGCGAUGGCGAAGCUAGUUGCAUCUGAAACCGCAGUUAGGGUGACUGCUAAAUGCAUAGAUUUCAUGGGGGGCGUUGGAUACACGACUGAUUUCCCACAGGAGAAAUUCUUCAGAGAUUGUAAAAUUGGCACAAUAUACGAGGGAACAAGCAACAUGCAGUUGUCGACAAUAGCAAAAGCGAUCCGCCAGCAAUACUCUUGAGU